GGAGGGAUUCCCGGCCUCCUUUUGCUCUUCACAUAAUGGAAACAUGCUAUUUGUAAAAAAGAAAAAGAAAAAAAGAAAAAAAAAAAAGAAACAGAAACAGAAACAGAAACAGAAAAAGAAAAAGAAAAAGAAAAAGAACUGAUUGGAUGGAUGGUUUGUAGUACUUUGUACCAAUCUACCUGAAAUGUGGGUGGGUGUUGGUUGGACCUGGAAUUAUCUUAGGUUCAUCCCACCCAGCACUGGCUACUUUUCUAUCUCAACCCCCAUCUUCUUGUGCCAGGAUGGGAGGAUUGCCCCAGGAAUACGAUGCCGGGUGGUCGUGCGCUUUGCCCCAGACUCCCGGCGCGAUUUCACGGACACGACCACUCUUCAGAGUGAAGUUGAGGUGAUUCGUCUCCCACUUAUCGCAAGCCGCCGAAAGCCGCUGUUGACCCUGCCGUCAACGCUCAACUGUGGCUUCUGCAUCAAGGGCCAUGGCUGCUUUGUCACCUUUGCAUUCGCAAACCGGGGAGGCGAAGCAAGUUUCCGGAUUCUUCCGUUGACCGAAGGUCAUAGCGACGAAGACACCGUCUCGUGGAUCGCCGACAAGGCGCGGCAGACAAUGUGGGACAAUCCGUUAAUGGCAGCGUUGGGUGGAAGUGGCGAUCUUGGCAGUGGUGGUGGACCGCCGCAGGGCGACCGGCGACUAUCCGGAGUCGCCCUCCUUGCGAGCGUUGGGUUGGGGCAUACUCCUGCCUCGGAGGAAAAGUUUAGCGGUGAUGCUGGGGUCACCUCGCUGUCAUCCGAUAAGAAUUUGAUCAACGGCAUCGAUCAUACGCUCAGUCCGGGUCCGGGGCCUUAUGGAAGCGCUCAGACCGGGCAUCAUCAUCACCGCCAGAGGGAUGAAAUGCAAAUGACUGCGAAUCUAUCGCGCAGGGGGACGGGACCGGCAAUUGGACCACCACCAGCUUCUGAACCAGCAGGUCCAGAAGGUGCUCCUGGAACUGGUACAGCUGGGGUGGGACCACCACCACCUGCAACAAGUGGACCAGAUGCGGCAGAUUCUAAACCAGCAGGUCCAGCAGGUGACACUGGAACUGGGACAGUUUGGAUGCAACCAGCAACUGGACCAGACUUUGAACCAGAAGGUUCUGCAAGUGCUCCUGGAAAUGGGACAGUUCUGUCCACAACCACAGGCCCAGUGGAUGCUCCGUUCGAUGCGCUGUCCAGUGGAGCGCAGCAAGGAGCAGAUAUCUUGAGGGAAGGGCCAUUGACUCCUGGUGACACUUCUGCGGUCGAUCAUCCACAUCCAGAUCACCCGGCGGGGGGUAUUGGAGAUGCAGACACCACACAGACAGCAAGGCCCACUUUUAAGUCUUUACGAAAACUGCUCUCCCGAUUAUCGGACCCGAAUAUGGUCGCAAUGAGGGGAAAACUUAUCAAAAAAUUUGGAGGAAGUGAAGAAGACAGUGGUGAGGUUGAUCGGACCGGAGUCCCUGGAGUCACUGGAGUCGGUGCGAAAACCCCAUCCGCUGCCGCUGCUGAUCCGAAUCAGGGAGCUCACGUGAGCCGCAAGGGAGGAGGAGGAGGAGGAGGAGGAGGAGGACAUUCAUCACCGCUUGGUCGAGGAGAUGGCGAGAAAGGUCAACAGGCAACUGCAACAGCAACAGUUGUAUCGGGAGAUGAGGAAUCGGGUUCAUUUGCAAGACCAGGUGCAUCUCUUGGCCCUGCAUCCGCGGAUAGCAGCAAGAAGGUGGGCGAUCCGAUGGAUGAUGACAAGAUUGUGUCUGAUGCAAUCGAUCGCGGCAAUGUGGUGUCAACCGAUGCGAUUGACAUCGGAUUCCAUCCACUUACUUCUUUGCCAGAAAUGGAAGCGGAAAAGGAGAGGAGAAUGGAGUCUGAAGGCUAUCUGAUAGACGGUCCCUAUGAUUCUUCUUAUCUUGUUGGUCCCAUUGGUCCCAUUGGUCCCAUUGGUCCCAUUGGUCCCAUUCCUUAUUCGCCUCCGGAACCUUUUGUGGCCCUUCAUGAUGGAUGGGUGGAUCCUCAGACAGAAGAGAAAGACCAGACUAUCAGAGGAGACGAGAUGGGGGAUGGCAGUGAAGCACAGCAAGUGGUAGGUGCACCAAGAGGGGAGAAGGAGCAGGGGCAGGCGCAGCAGCAGCAGCAGCAGGAGGAGGAGGAGGAGUGUGUGAAGGCCCGAGUACGACAGAAACUACAUGAGCUGAAACUUGUGGCUGUUCCGCCAUUUCUCAUCGGACCCAAGGAGUUUGUGGUACUAGCGGAGGACGGCGAGGGACAGAUUUCUGUUCUUUUCCAGCCUCCAACAAAGGGAGAAUUCACUGCAGAAAUGCUUCUUGUGUGUGACAACACUGAGAAGCAGGCAUUAACCAUUGUCGGCACUGGGGUUGACCUGGAGUUAGAGGUGCCAGAAGCCAAUGGGCGAAGAGUAGAGGAUGCCGAUGAGCUGCAAUGGGGCUUAACCUUUGAUAGCAUUCCUCCUGAUGGAGCUUCCACGUGUCAAAUUCGACUCCGGAAUCACACGCCACUUCCAGUUCCAUACGUGUGGAGACUUGAAGACGGAUCAGACUGGAGGGCUCCGGAGAAGUGGGAUCUGAAGGGCUCUCCCUCCUGGGCUGAUGUAGAGGACGUCCUAAAGAGGGACUUAUCCCUCAUUGGGCCUCCAACUCUAGUAUCAUCACUUUCUAAAUCCAAUAUUGAUACAAUGCCAGCUCAGCUGCCAGCUCAGAUGCCAAAUCAGAUGGCAGUGGAUAUGCCAGCACAAAUCCCAACUCAGAUUCCAGCUCAGAUGCCAGUGGAGUUGCCAGCUCAGAUCCCAACUCAGAUGCCAGAUCAGAUGCCAGGUCAGAUGCCWGCUCAGAUGACAGUGGAGAUGCCAGCUCAGAUCCCAACUCAGAUGACAGUGGAGAUGCCAGCUCAGAUCCCAACUCAGAUGACAGAGAUCCCAACUCAGAUGCCAGGUCAGAUGCCAGGUCAGAUGCCAGGUCAGAUGCCAGGUCAGAUGCCAGGUCAGAUGGCAGUGGAGAUGCCAGCUCAGAUGGCAGAAGCUGGCGAAGACAGGAAUAAAGCCGUGAACGAAAGCCUGGAUGAUGUAUUUGCAAUCUGUCCCCGCGAAGGGAUCAUUCCGGGGGAUUCUGUGCUGGACCACACGAUCACGUUCACACCAAAAGAUGUCAAAGUGUACAGAGGAAGGCUGUGCUUGGAAGUGGACCCUCGACACGUUCGUCCUUUGCGGGCCGAGGUGCAAACGUUUGAGCUGCAGACCCUAAGCCCACAGGGAGUUCACGGCAAAGAUGCCACCGCCACUGUCACAACAGCAACCCACAAUGAGGAGGGCAGUAACCGUCCACGGAUGGAGGCCUCAAAAAAGCACCUCGGAGGAUCGGCAGCCAAACGGCGGCUUCUAGUGUCAAAUCCCCACCUUGCCCCCUCACCCCGAACAGGAGGGUGCGGGAAAGAAAUGUCGCAGCAGCAGCAGCAGCAGCAGCAGCCUGACGCUGAGCCGAGGCUCGAACCGUUGUCGGAUCCUGCCGAUGUGGAUCGUAACAGAGCCUCCUCGGAUGACAGCCUCCUCCUCGUCCAAGGAGACGAAGACUCACCCUCUCCAAGGGUCUCCUACGGCGAUUACCAGCCGUUGAUUGCUCUCCGGGUCAAUCUACUAGGCGUUGGGACGUGGAAGAUAGUAUCUGUAUCUCCCUCCAUAGUAGUGUUCCCAGGCCUGAUGUAUGUCGGCGAGGUGAAUACGACAAAGAUAGUGCUGACGAAUCAUGGCGUGGCGGAAGCACGCUUCAGAUGGGUGGACAUGGAGGAUGAAGGAGAGGCGGUACCGCCUCUCCCCGCGGCCCCGGAAACGAGGGACCAUCAUGUGUAUGCUGCCGCUGAUGGCCGUGCAUACAAGCGUGGAAAGGAGCCCGUAGUUCAGCCUGAGGUGGUCAUUCUCCCCCAGAAGGGUAAGAUCCCACCCCUUGGGAGCUUGGAGGCAGAAGUCAGGGUGCAGCCCCAUGAACCUGGACAUAUUUUUGUGCAGAAGUGGUGCUGCAUCGAUCACUCUGGCGGUCUGACGAUUCCUCUCAGAGUGGAGGGCACUGUUAUUUGUCCAACUCUCACCAUUGAUAGAGCGGUUCUGGAUUUCGGCCUCGUGAAGGUGGGGACCACAGUGACUCAGCAGUUCACUCUGCGGAACGACACGAUUGUGCCGGUGCACUGGAGUCUGCAUUUUGUUGACGAAUUGGAGAAAUUUGCCUCAACUUUGUCCGACUCCGUGCCGUCGCCGAAGUCCACGUCGAUUACCACCAUCGCUUCCUCACGUGCGAUCACUCCCCUCAUGCAACAUUUGUGUGCCAGUUACCCUGGCCUUGCUAUGCCGGAAUCGGGGAUUGAGAUACAAGGGGCAGAUGGGACCGAGGUAGAGUUUGGGGUCUCUGAUGAUGCCAUCGACGACACACGGCAAGAACAAGGGAGUGGGACAAUUAUGGGCGGCGACGGCAGUGGUAAUACUAUCCCUAUCCCUACCCCUAUCCCUACGUUUGAACCACAGUUAGGCUCAGCAGAAUUCAUGGGGGGAAAAGCACACCCCUCACUGCCCUCAGGUGUUCCGGGGCAGACUCUGAUGAGCAAUCAUACCGCGUCAAGUAUGAACAUAGAAUCUAUCGCUGCAGUCUCUCCUCCCAACUUACCAGUUGCAGACGAAGGACUAGUAGGUGAAGUGCAUUCUUCUGCGGCUCAGCCGGGUCGACAAGCCGACACAGUGGCAGCAGCCAAGGAAAGUCAAAGCAUUGUGCCUGGUCAAACUAUUGCGGAAGCUAGCCGUGAUGUGCCCGUUCCUAGUCAACCUGUUGAGUCCGGUUCAUCGGAAAGUAAGGUGCCGAUUCCGCCGAAGGCAAAUCCCCUGCCGUCAUCGGGGAGGGGAGCACAGGCUGCUCAUCCUGCACCAGGUGCAGUCGAUCCCGUGGGGUUAUCGGGGCAGUCUGAGCCUACAGGACCAUCGUCAUUGAGUGGAGGACAGGGCCGACAUCCGGGAGAUUUACCUGCAAUCCUCCAAGGGGUUAACGAUGCAUCCCAACCAUCAUGGCGGACGAUCGACCAGCUUGGCAGUAGCGAUAACAAAGAAUCUGAUAGCGAGGCAGUGUUGCUGGCCAUCGCUCAGGAGAGGGAGGUAGGACGGCCUACUGUAGCAAUGGGAGAAGCAGGAGCAAGUCCAGCACCAGAAGCGCCACCUGCGGGUGCUGUUGCUGGUACUACUCAUCCGGAAGAUCUUCUCCCACUGGCAGCUGAAAGUCCGUUGGGUGAUGCUGAGGUGGCGACUGAGGAUGACAUCGGCGAUGGGAGUGGGUAUGGGGGGGAGGAGGACGGUCGCGAGCAAGCUUUGCUUGGCGACGAUGCAAGGGGGGAGCAAAGAAGUGAGUUCGUGUUUACGCCUUCGCACGGCGCAUUAGACGCUGAGAGUGAGUGUACAAUCGACGUCACAUUUUGUCCCUGGAGACGCAAGAGGUGGCAGAGAUCGAUUGUUUGCUUGGCGGAAGCGAUGCAGGGUCCCGAGAUCCCGUCUUACGUGGCAGUAAGGGCCUGUGCCCUGAGGCCACGUGUGUGCCUGGAAUCGAAUGUGAUCAAUCUGGGUACAAUCUAUGUUGGUAUGGCGGAGCACCACACAAUCAUCUUAAGGAAUUUAGCUCUUCUUCCUGCCUUCUAUAGAUGGACAGAGGAGAGGAUAGCCAUGGAGGGGGAGGGGUGGGUGAACCUUACCUUCCGCCCUGCGAAGGGCAAGUUGCCGCCCGGCGAGACCGCCGCUGUCGGAGUGCGCUUUGCGGCGGGACCCGACGAUGUCGGCGCAGUCGAGCUGCUCGCGGUGUGCGAUGUGCAAGAUAUGCUGCAGCCAUUGGGUCUUAAGAUACGGGCGCAAGUCAACGGGCUGAAGGUAAGCUAUGCGGUUCACUCGGUCGAGCACUCUGACAUGGACACUUCUUACACUUUGUCUGGCGGCGGAACGCAAGCCCUCUCCAGUGGGAGGAGUCGGGUGGGAGCAGCAGGACAGAACGAGUCCGAGGUGCGGUGGGCAGCAGUGCCAGCAGGGAUACCGGCGGACUCCGACGCUACUGUCGGGUCGCCACAGCCAGCGACAGGCAGCAGGAAGAUCGACGGCGUAGAGGAGAUGGAGAGAGAGAGACUUGUACAGAUCCCCCUGGAAUGGAGCAUGAAUGGCUGGCUCGUCCGACUGCCCGCCGCUGACUUUCCGGCCUCCUCUAAAGCGGAUCACGAAGGAAUAGCCGGGCUGAUCGCCAUGCUCGAGCAAGAAGCAGAGAUUCAGAAAGAUGCCGCGAAGUCUUUGAUGAAGGCCUACCAAGGCGUUGACGAAGGCCGCGGUGGAGACGGCCAGCUUGACAAUGUGCAAGAUGUGCAGAGCACUGCCCUUCCUCUUCCUCCCAAACAGGGCCAAACUUUGCCACCAAAUGCCCCGCAGAGUCAACCUUUGACUUAUCCCCAUGACCAGUCGCUCUCCCCUGUACCUGGUUCAGGGGGAAUACUGAAGGAUCUGCAGGAGGGCCUGACGUCAGAGUCAGGUCCUCAGGGAGAGACUGGCGGGAAGUUAGAGAAAUCGCUGCCGUCUCUGACAAUCUCUGGAGCUGACCCUCAGCAAAGGGCCGAAGAAGUGCCUCCCGGUCAAUCCGAGUCAAUAGGAUCGGAAGAUCGGGCCCAGGGGGGGGAGGGGGGAAUGGUGAAGAGGGAGCAGGACAAGGCGGUGGGAUUUGCUGCGACCGCAGGAGGUGCCGAAGUUCACACCAGCAUUCAUGACCAGAUGUCCGGCGUGACGACAGCACUACCCGCCGCCGAAGACCCAGACUCAGCGGUCCUGCUAGACUUCGGCUCUUUCUGUAGGAUGGGUAAAAAGCAGUCUCUCAGGUUGACCAUCAGGAAUCAAUCUGGUACCAGGUCCCAUGUUUCGGUCCAUCUGGACCGCUACGAGGGUCCACCUCCAGAGGAGGAGCGUUCUCGCCCGGAUUCGCAAGAUACAGGACGUGGCUGGUGGAGCCAAGGAACGGGUUUCCGUCUCGGAUUCACUACUCCUGGGGGUGCCACUUCAGGAGCCUUCUUGGUACCCACGAUUGGGAACCCACCUAAACCGAAAUCGAUGGCUGCUGAGGGUACAGGUUACAAGUCGGACGAUUGGGCAUUCGACAAAACCGACUCUCAGGGGUCCCGGCGGAGGGUUCAGCAGCCUGCUGCUGACAUGUCAGAUAGGUCUCCAGCUUUUUUUCACACUCUGUCAGGCACCAGUUACCCUCCUCGCCGUCGUUCGGGUGAGCGGCAGCAGCAGCAGGAGGGUUUAUCGGGAGGAAAGAGAGGAGGGGAUCCCGCAGUUCAGUUCGACAGCAACCCCAUCAGCGGCGACAGCGGUGAUGAUGCUGGCAGAGCACUUGUAGAUCGCCCCGUGUCGCUCAAUGCUUCUCCAAGGAACGGCCUCGAUGACACAAAUCAUGGUUAUCAUGAUUAUGCCGACGGCCAUGGCGGCCGUGGUGGUCAUGACGGCCGUGGUGGUCCCCCCCUCAGUGCUUGGCACUGGCCGACGUUGAAAAAUGACUCAUCUGGGUCGCGCGAUGGCGACCACCACUCUCAUCUUCAUCUCCCUGAAACACAGACGUUGAAGCAAUUCUCCACCAUAGCCAGGCACAGCAGGAAAUCAAGGCCACAAUCGAAAUGGUCGUCUUUCCAGGCCGAUCGUCGGUUUAACAAGUCAUCGAAGGGAGGGCGCAGCGCCACGAGCUCGCGGGGAAGGUUCAAAAGGUUGCUGGGAAAGGACCACGAGUUCACGCAAACCUUCACCUCGAAAAUGGGCGAGAUUAUGCUCUCACGACGUAGGGAGGCAGCUCAUAUCGGAGACAUCCUGUCGAGCAACAAGGGUCUAGCUAUUUUAAUAAACCCCUCAAGGGAAGGGGUGCUAGAACCAUGGGGUGAAUGGCAUUGUCAGCUGGAUUGCUAUACCAACGUCCCGGGACAGUAUUCUGACAACCUCCGCUGCAAGGUUGGUUAUCUUGAAGAAAAGGUAAUUCCAGUAAAGAUCGGUGUGAUCGGAAUGCCACUACGCAUUUAUCAGGAGCAUCACAUGCCAGAAGCGAUCCCGAGACUUGACGAGAACAGUACCCUUUUGUUGAAUUGGAUGUCGCUCCCAUUUUGUGCGCCACCGGAAUCCAAAACAUUUCAUGUGGAAAAUCCAGGACCGGCAGUCGUAGAUCUGCGGUGGAAAGUUGUUUGGCCGUGCGGUUUCGAUGCGGAACGAGUUGCUGACACUUACCUUUCUGUGGACAAUUCCGGCCAUGUCAGUGUGGAAGUCAGCGAGCACUGGGAAGAGAGAGUCUCGGAAGGGACAUUCAAGGUGGCGCCAGUGGAAAAGGUGAUUCAAGCUGGCGAAAAGGUGCGGUUCGCAGUCACAUUUUUCUCCGACGAAGUUGGCGGCUUUAGGGCAAGGCUCCUGGGCGAGCAGCAAGUGAUUGCACUCUGCGGUUCUCACGAGGAAAAGGAGAUUGCAGUCGUCGGUGCGGAUAAGACUGUGGAUGUUAUCAGCCUGUACGGUCGGGAUCGUCGGCCCCUGACUGCCGAUACAGACUUGACCACUGUCCAUCUGCAGAUCAAAGGCCAUGCCAAUGAGUGGCGAGAACUCGAUCUGCCUCCAGGUGUCGAUCUGGUGCCGCUAGAGGAGAGGGGAACUACUACUCCUAUGGCGAGUAGUCAUCGUUCCGGGGUAGUUUUCCGGCCGCUUUUGCCCGUAAAGAUCGAGCUGGAGGCGAUCUCCGUGGUCCCGAGGCUGGAAAUGGAGCCGCCGACAAAACUCGCAUUCCAGUGUUUCUCGUACGAGUUCAAGCUCAUCCAUUCCUCUUAUCGCCAAUCUGUUACCGUUACGAAUGUGCAGGACAGCCCACUCGAGUUCCGCGUAAUUACAACUGCACCCUUUACUGUGUUCAGAAUUCAACCGUCGGUGCCACAAGGGUUGCUAUUCGUCAACGACAGGUCACAAGCGGACGGUCCAAAGUCGGACGUCCUCGCAAAGGCACAAGACUUAGUCAAACUUCCACCGCGAGAGAGUGCAGAAAUAGAGAUCAUGUUCGAUUACCCUGGCGAAGGUGCAAAUGAAAACCGACCGAGUAUUUCUUACCCGGGCGAUUGGCUGUCUACUGCAGCACCGACAGCGAUGUCCGAUAAUAUAACCAAAGUAGAACAAUCUCAUGGUGCGAAACGCGGAGAUGCCAGCUUCGAGGGAGCUAUGACUGUCUUGUUCAGCAAUGGAGCCCAGCAGGUGGGAAAAAAUGUUCCAGCUCAUCGUCAGUUUCCGGAACCGAUGAUGGACGAUUCUAUGGAAGCGAGGAAAUCGGCCGCCAAUAGUGGGGAGAGAAGGGAGGUAGUCGGGAUAGAGAGUGGUGAAGGUUCUAAGAAGCGCCGCGCGAAAGCGAUCGUGGUCGGCGCAUGCGAGGAUUAACCCCGUGAUGAGGCAAUAAACCUCUACGGCGUUG